GGGGGGGGGGGGGUAGUGGUAUAUAGUGACAUGACAUUUUCGCUAACUUCUGUUUAGCCGUAUUUUUUAAACAUGCUAUUGAAAUUAGCAGUUUUUGUGAUUGUUCUGGAGACGGGAUCGGUCCAGGCUUUGAAUCAGGCCGUUUGGCUUGAGGAUAUCACCCAGAAUGCCAAGACUCGCAAUCUGGACCUUGGGUUGCCGGAAACUCUUCAGUUCAAGCUGAAGCGCAGCGGGCAACAGGAUCUGACCUUGAAUCUCGUGGAGAACACGCGACUGAACCAGAACGCUCCGGUUUACGAGGUCCACACAGAGAAUGAUCAAAAUAAACUGGUCAAAAAAGAAACAGCGCCCAUUACUGAUGUGAAGUUCUACCACGACAAGGAGAAUGGUGGUUCGUUCAUGGUUGAAUGCUCCAAGAGAUCAAAGGGCGCGUGCCGACGAACACUGACUGGUAGCUUGGAGAUUGACAAUUACGCCUUUGAAAUCAACCCGACGCAGGAAAUGUUUGUGUCAAGGUCACUGGCCGGCAACAAGCUUAAUCCGCAUAUGCUUUCCAGGGUGGUAAAUCGCACAGGAAAGCGUAUUCUGAGCGUUAUUGCUAGACGUGGUCACAUUAGCGAAGACACCCCAGUACUUCCUAGCUACAUAGACGCUCCACUACCGCCUAGCAACCCGGCUGAUACGACCAAUCAGAACUUUGGUGACGAUAUGCGCCCUUACCCUACCAAGCCCGAACCUGGUCGUGAUAACUCUGGGGUCAUUAGUAAACUUGUUGAAAAAGAGCUUGCCAACGAAUUACGACAACUUCUGAUGAAGAGCGAGUUGGAUGCCUUUACAGAGAAACUUCAUCUUCAUCGUCAGAAGAGACAAUCAACCAACACGUACGCCCUGGAAAUACUUGUCGGAGUCGACCCUUCCGUCUGGAAAAAGUACUACGCAAAAGCUGUUGACACAGCAACAGUGACUAAGGAGCAGGCAACUGAGUUGUUCAUCCGGAAGCGUUUCUCUCACAUCAUUAACGGGAUGAGUCUUCGCUAUGAAAGCAUCGAAGAUCCUGAGUUGAAUAUUUACGUGUCUAUGACUGGAAUCAUCUUUUACAAGACGAUUGCUGCCAACAAUCCGUUACCGAAUGCUCAAACGGUGGAGACGGUUGAGGGGAGGGAGGUUGCAGAUGGUUACUUCUACCUCAAACAACUGGCCGGUUGGCUUGCUGGUCUCUCUGGCACACCCGAUAAUGAUCACGCUAUGGUGUUUACCGAAUACGACAUAUACUCGACUGACGAAGAUUGGGGAGAGAGAUCGUACGGCGUGAUAGGGAUGGCCUGGAUGAACGGCGUAUGUAACAGAAAUCGUGUGUCCAUCCAAGAGGACGACGACUACUUCACAACGACCAGUGUCGCUGCGCACGAAUUAGGACAUAACCUCGGUUCCUAUCAUGACGGCGAAAGAAGUGUUGACGUCGCCUCGGCUUGUUCCGCAAACUCAAAGUUCAUCAUGGCCCCGAUUGUGUCCUCAUUCAGUAGCAGCGAUGCGUACACGGUGAACCCCUGGCGCUUCUCGACAUGCUCCGUAAAGCAGUUUAAAAAUUACAUCAAGUCUCUGGGUACUAACAACUGCCUGCUGGACUCCGUAGACGCCACGGACGAGUACAAAAUCCACUCGACCAAGCAACCCGGUGAGCUUUACUCGCCAACAGAACAAUGUCAGCUCGAAUAUGGAAUACAUUCGAGAUUGGGAUGCGGUCAGUCGGCCACAAACCCGCGGAUAUGCCUGCACAUGUCAUGUUUUCAUGAUGGUUUUUGUUAUGAUAUUGCUGCCGCCCGAGGCACACCGUGCGACGAUCCUUCUCUGAACAAGUGGUGCAAAGAGGGAAAAUGUGUCUCUAAAGAAACGUCAGAAAACAGCACCACUACGAUUAAACCGACCACGACGUCAAGAGCGCCCACCAUAACAACCACUAUGUCGACCACGACGAGAACCACGCCGUCAACGACCAUUAGACCGACUACGACACUGAGCGGCAUUCCGGAAGGCUGCACCAAUACAGGCUUGUACGACUGGUCGUGUGAAGAAAUAAGCGCCUUCUUCAAAAAUGAGUACGACUUAGAUCCUGAGGACUGGUGUUACGAUCCCUCGUGGCAGGACAGAUGCUGCGUCAUGUGUUAUGAAAACAGCACCACGACGACUAGGCCGACUACGACACUGAGCGGCAUUCCGGAAGGCUGCACCAAUACAGGCUUGUACGACUGGUCGUGUGAAGAAAUAAGCGCCUUCUUCAAAAAUGAGUACGACUACGAUCCUGAGGACUGGUGUUACGAUCCCUCGUGGCAGGACAGAUGCUGCGUCAUGUGCUAUGAAAACAGCACCACUACGAUUAAACCGACCACGACGUCAAGAGCGCCCACCAUAACAACCACUAUGUCGACCACGACGAGAACCACGCCGUCAACGACGACUAAGCCGACAACUACGAUAACUACGCGUCCCACGACGACUAGGCCGACCACGACGAGAACUACGCCGACCACGACGACUAGACCGACUACGACACUGAGCGGCAUUCCGGAAGGCUGCACCAAUACAGGCUUGUACGGCUGGUCGUGUGAAGAAAUAAGCGCCUUCUUCAAAAAUGAGUACGACUACGAUCCUGAGGACUGGUGUUACGAUCCCUCGUGGCAGGACAGAUGCUGCGUCAUGUGCUAUGAAAACAGCACCACGACGACUAGGCCGACUACGACACUGAGCGGCAUUCCGGAAGGCUGCACCAAUACAGGCUUGUACGACUGGUCGUGUGAAGAAAUAAGCGCCUUCUUCAAAAAUGAGUACGACUUAGAUCCUGAGGACUGGUGUUACGAUCCCUCGUGGCAGGACAGAUGCUGCGUCAUGUGUUAUGAAAACAGCACCACGACGACUAGGCCGACUACGACACUGAGCGGCAUUCCGGAAGGCUGCACCAAUACAGGCUUGUACGACUGGUCGUGUGAAGAAAUAAGCGCCUUCUUCAAAAAUGAGUACGACUUAGAUCCUGAGGACUGGUGUUACGAUCCCUCGUGGCAGGACAGAUGCUGCGUCAUGUGUUAUGAAAACAGCACCACGACGACUAGGCCGACUACGACACUGAGCGGCAUUCCGGAAGGCUGCACCAAUACAGGCUUGUACGACUGGUCGUGUGAAGAAUUUAGCGCCUUCCUCAAAAAUGAGUACGACUACGAUCCUGAGGACUGGUGUUACGAUCCCUCGUGGCAGGACGGAUGCUGCGUCAUGUGCUAUGUAAACGGCAUUUACUACAAGAAAUAAUUGCGAAAUCCGGCGUUAUGACCACGGACACAACAUAUUUCUUUUUCUUUUUAUAUUCUGUCUUUGUGACAUAAAUUUAUACUUAUAUAUUUUCUUCCUAAUAAACAACGCAUCUUCGAA